UAAUUAGUACUAAUCAAUUUCCCGAGAUUCAUUUUUUUUGCUAAAUAUUUGAAUUAAAAACUUCUUCUUUCGAAUAGGGAUGGGGCGAACCUAUAACACCAAAAGAAUUAGUUAAAAUUGCUACAUCUUAUGCAAAAGAACUUGGAAAAUAUAAAACAUUUAAAAAAGGACAACCCACGAUGGAAUGGUACUAUACAUUUAUGAAGCGUCAUCCACAAUUAACAACUGCGAAAUCUAUUUCUUUUGAGUUACCACGAGCAAAAAUUGCACAAACAAUUGUUGAUAAAUGGUUUAAUUUACUAGAAAAGGUUCUUAUUGAUAAUGACUUAUUUGAUAAACCAUCUCAAAUAUUUAAUUGCGACGAAUCGGGUUUUGCCGAUGAAACGGAGAGAAGGAACAACAUUCUCAACUAA